AUGUAUCAUACGUUCCAAGCCGCAACUGCGUCUUCGGCGGGGGAAGGGGAAAACAACAAACCGUCUCGACCAUCUGGCGGCUCGCGGCGAAUAUCGACAAGUAACGCUUGCGUCGAAUGUAGGCGUCGCAAGAUUAGAUGCGACGGGAGUCAGCCGUGCGGCCAGUGCCAAUGGUACACUCAUCCGGAGCUCUGCGUCUAUGCCAAACCAACACAAAGAGUAGUACCGUCGAGGAAGUAUGUACAACCCUCGGAUUUGCCGUGAUUGCGACUAACAAAAGGCCCAAGGCUCGUAGAAAAGCUCCAGUCUCAGGUAGACUCGUAUCACUCCGUCUUCGCCCGCCUGUUCCCAGGCAGAGAGCUCGAGGAAUUUCUGUCAUUGCCUCGCGAAGGACUCAUCAAUCUUGCAGUCACGCUACCGAUCUCGAAUGCGUCUCCCAAUGACACGACUGAUAACCUUCGGAGUGCAUCAGAGGAUGUUCAAAAGCCCGAAUGCGCCGAGAGCCUGGGCGCAUUGGAGCAGGCACCAGAUCAAGAUCCUGAAUCCGACGAGGCUAUGCGCUUGCAUGACAAGAUCCAGGGCAUUUCAGACGAUGUGAAUGGCCUUUCGCUUUCAGUCGACAAAGCCUCGUCCUAUGUGGGCAUCUCUUCGAUCAACGCGGCAAUGAAAGUUGUACUAAAGACGGCGCCGGUUGCUCGAAACUUCCUAUCCCAACACUCCGCAGAGACCACCGAGCCCAGCCGAAAUUCUUCGCCCGCUCCCUACGCUCGAGAUCCUGAUCCGCUCUACAUCCCACCACCUGAGCUUGGGGAGAGAUUGAUCGACUCCUACUUUGCUCACAUACACCUCUUUAUGCCUAUGGUCGACGAGGAGUUGUUUCGCAACACGUACGCAUUUGGCAAUCGGAAGGAUUCUCCGUGGUUAGCUCUGCUAAAUGUGGUCAUGGCUCUAGGCUGUCUGGCCAGCUCGACUUGCGACAACGAGGACCACCUUGCCUUCUACCAGAGAGCUCGAAAACACAUGGAGCUGGAGACGCUCGGAAGUAGUAGCAUCAUGAUGCUUCAGGCGCUAGGAUUGCUGAGCGGCUACUAUCUACACUGGCUCAAUAGACCGAACGAAGCAAAUGGUCUCAUGGGAGCAACGCUGCGCAUGGCUACCGCCAACGGACUGCAUCGCGAGUACACGGAUGGGUCCAAGAGUAACUCGGGCGCGGGCACCACAUUUGUCGCGAGCAGCUCUGAAGUGCCCGCAGAGAUCAGAAGGCGCACUUGGUGGAGCCUUUACUGCCUCGACUCUUGGGCGAGCAUCAUGACCGGUCGACCAUCGCUCGGAAGGACGGGACCCGGUAUUACAGUCCAGAGCCCACGGAUCUCGGACCACAUGGACAACGCACAGUAUCUCUCCUCCCUCCGACUAUUACCGAUAAUCCACAACGUUGAAUUUUGCAAGAUUGCGACCAGAGUGCAGGACCUACUGGCUGCUCACUCGAUUAUUGGCUUUGAAGAGCUUCUACCCCUCGAUGCUGAGCUGGAGAAAUGGCAUGAUGAUUUACCGCCUAUACUGCGGGAUGUUGUGAUAAAGCGCAAGCCCGCUUCUCGUCGCGCAACUGAUGCAAAGCCGGAGUCGGGUGGCUGCUCAGCCUUCGACAGGAGCCCCUAUGAUUUUUCACAGCCUCUGGAACGGGAUAAUUUGAUGUGCCCGGAGAUUCUGAAGACUCCGCGAGCUGUUAUGCAUUGGCGGUAUCAGAACCUGAGAAUCCUCAUGCAUCGACCUUGGUUGCUGGCCACGGCUUUAAGAAGAGCGCCUUACUCCAAGAUGUCAACCGAAGAGAAGCUGGCGGUUGCAAGAUGCCGAAUUGUCGCGGGACAGACGAUUGUUGAUAUCGACCGUACCUGCCAGGAAAGCUUGAUUGCAGGAUGGAACGCUGUUUGGAUGAUGUAUCAAGCCGUCAUGGUUCCCCUGGUCUCCUUGUUUUCCGUACUCGCGAUGCCGCCAGAAGUGCAAGCCGCCGAGAGCCCAGCUGCGACACCCAGAAGUAACAGCGACGAGGCUCCCUCUCCGCCCAUACCCGGAAGCGAUGGUGACGUUGCGAGGUGGCGACAGGAUGUCGAGACUUCCAUCGGCUUCUUCGAUAGGAUGCAGCCUUGGUCUGUCGCCGCGAGGAAGAGCAGAGAUGUCGUGCAGAAGAUGUAUAACGCGACGACAUUCGUGAGCGAGCAUCAUGCGCAGCUCCAUCAGCAGCAACAAGAAAUUCUCAAGCAGAGGCGGCAAUCCGUCAUGAUGACAAUGACGACCUCGCACCAGGAUCAAGAUGAGAAUCAAAACUCUCUCCAAACUCCGGUGGAUGCCAGGCAUCCUGGUCUGGUAAACGGCUUUGCCCACGACUUUGUCUCUUCGUCAAUGCCAGGAACAGCAGCGCCAUUGCAAGACGAGACGCUCUUUGGAGCAGUGCCGUCGGACUUGAUGGCAGAGGACACUUUCAUGCCCAGCGCAACAGAUCAAAUUUCCAUGAACAACUUCUGGGACGAGAUGAUGUGGGAGACUUUCGAGGAAGAUUUGAACGGAGUCGUGGUGGGGAUUGAACAGACGGAUUGGUGGCAACAUCAGGUUCAACAACAGGUCCAGUCUCAACAAUUUGCCCCUGGUGCUGGCGGCUCGAUGCAGAAUUGGAACGCAAGCAGCAAUGUGUGGCCGCCGCCGCCGCCGCCGCCGCAGUCAUCCUCAGGUCGCCAUUGA